AUGCAGCUAUGUAAGCGGAACAGCAACCGCUUGUUUCACUGGACGCUAGCCAAAGGAAGAACAGCAAUCGAACUGGGCUUUGGCCACGAUAUCUGGAUGCUAUGUCCGGAGCAAGUUACCCGGAUUCUGAUUGUCUUCUUCGUAGACGAGAUCAUGUAUGCCAUCAUAAUCUCAGUAACCAAGACGUCCAUAAUCCUUUUGUACCUACCCAUCUUUCCAAAGCCGUGGUUUCGAAAGACCUGCCGGAUGAUUCUCUAUAUCACAGGGAUAUUCGGUGUAUGGCACAUUUUGCAAAUUCUCUUCGUCUGCUGGCCCAUGAGUUACAACUGGACAUACUGGGAUGGUGAACAUAGCGGAAGAUGUGGCGACCGAAGAUUGUUCUCUUCCAUUAGUGCCGGCAUCAACAUCGCGUUGGAUUGGUCUCCCUGCCUUCUCCCGAUAACGCAGUUGUAA